AAACGGCAUUUUGGUUUUACUUCGACUAAUUUCCGAAAGAGUCGCACUGGUUGAGGCGUAAAUAGGAUUGAACACGUUUUGCUCCAAAAUUAUUUGACUAAAUUAAAUUCUGUUCGAGAAUUGAUACCUAAAGAAGGAAAACGUGCAGUCCACGUGCAGCUUCAUUUGACUACGUACUGAUCAGUAGUAUCAAUACAUACAGUAUCUGAAGACAGAUAUUGAAUCACAAGAUGUACCUCAUGUAUUACCUGGAUGACAAGGGAAACCGAGUGUAUACUUUACAAAAAAUGGACCCUAAUGGAAAGCCGACCUUGUCUGCACAUCCAGCUCGAUUUUCUGUAGAAGACAAAUAUUCGAGAGAAAGGAUUACGAUGAAAAGAAGAUUUGGCUUACUCUUGACACAGCAACCACCACUUAAAUAUUGAACAUAAAAUUUGUUGAAAAAUUUUAUUUGAAAAUGCAAGAUAUGAAUGAAAGGAAAUGUAUGUUGUGACGUGACUUGAUACAAUUAAACAUGAUAAUCUAUAUCUUUGUCGACAGAGA